AUGGAUUCAACAUAAUUGUAACAGCAUAAAAUAAACUCAGAGCGACUGAAGAGCGAAAGUAACACAGCUCGUGAGAUAGAAAGAUCAGGAUAGGAUAAUUCUUUUGACGAGAAUAAACAUAAUAAAGAUCUGCCAUAAUCAUUGAAUACUGAGAAAGUUGGAGUGGGAGAAAAGCCGUUAUCAAAAUAAGAUGUGCUGAGUGUUGCAUCUAAAAACCAAGAUUAGCAUAAUAAUGAGCCAUCUCAGAAUAACAUAUCAGCAAAUGAUAACUCAAAGCUACCAGAACUGAAGUAGAAUCAGUCUGUUUAGCCAGGUUCACUAAUGUCAAAAGAUGAUAUUAGUGUUAAAAAUAAAGAGAACUAAGGUUAGCCAGAUGAUGAUGAAGAAAAUAAAAAUAUGCUAGAACAAACUAAAGAAGAGAUCGUUAAAAGGCCAAAAUGGAAAAUAAAAGGAGAAAAAAUACUUGAUAACUACAUCAUUACCAGUCUUAUGUCUGCUAUCACAGUUUACUCCCUAUUCUUUGAUGAUAUUAGAAUGAUUGCUCUAACGACUCAUACUGACGAUAUUAUAUUUGGUAUUACAACAUUUUGCUUCUGUGCUUUCGCAGUUGAAAUUAUUUGCGCAUCUAUUGUAAAGGAGAAGUAUUUCCUGACAUUCUUCUUUUGGCUUGAUGUUGUAUCGACUCUUUCAAUGAUUACAGAUAUUGGCUGGAUUAUGGACCUAAUAACAGGUGGUGGUGGUUCAGGCUAAGCAGGCAAUGCAGCUUAGUUGGCAAAGACUUCCAGAGCUGGUAGAGUAACCAGAGUUAUCAGAGUCAUUAGACUCAUAAGAUUGAUUCGUAUAGUCAAGCUCUACAAGUAGGCUAAGUUAGCAUAGUAAAAAUAAGAAGAUAAGCUAAAGGAGGAGCAAAAGUAAAAGGAAACAUUGGAAAGAGCAAAACAGAGAACUUCUAGAGUUAAUAGGAUGGCCACAAAUUUUAAUAAUCAGAAUAGUUCGCAAAACAUUAAUUUAAGCUAAGAAAGAUUUAGAACCAUAAAUAUUCAUGAUGAUAAAAGUGGUCCAAAUAAUAGCAAACAACUAGCAGUGAUCAGUGAGAAUGUGUAGGAAGAGAGAAAGUAUGAGGAUUCACUAGACUAAGAUUUCAAAUAGGUUGAUCAAAAGAACUAGCGCGAGCAGUAAUCAAAUAGCAUUUCUUAGCCUAACAUUAAGGUAUCUAUACAAUAGAAAAGUCAAGAUGACUCUCAGAAGAAAAGCAUAAACUAAGUUAACAAUGAAACUCCCAAUUAAAAUCAAGGUGAUCAAUCUACCUUCAAGAAGUCGCUUGGAUUUGAUACUUCCUCUGUUUAACCAGACUAACUUCAAGCUGCUGGUGUGCAUAAUGAUGAUGAAGAUGUUGAUAUUCCUUUAGAAUCGAACAUCUCUAAGACUUUGUCUGAAAGGACUACUAAGAUCGUUAUUAUCUUGGUGCUAGUUAUGUUGUUCUUCCAGCCUGUAUUUAGUGUUGGCACUUAUGUGACCAAUCCUUCUUACACUGAUCAAGGCUUGUUUAAUCUCGUAGACAUGUAUGAAACCUCUAACUGGACAGCAUAUCAAGUUACUGCCUAAUAAUUUAUUGCUGCUUUUAGUGUAGAAGCUCAAUAUCCUUUAAUCGUUCUCAUUAUUCCAGAUUAUACUAGCAAAACAAGAACGUCUAAUACUAUUACUUGGACUUAGAAUCCCUAGCUUGAAGAUUUGAGAAGCGACGAAUUUAUGGCUUCUGUUGCAUAUUCUGAUGAUGGUGUAAACUUUGUUGCAUUUAUAGACCAAAGAACUAACAGCAGAAUGGUAGCAAUACUUUCAAUAUCAAGAACAAUCUUCAUUUGCGUUAUCUUAUCUAUUGCAUCCAUUAUGUUUACUAGUGAUGCAAAUAGACUAGUAUUGACACCGAUAGAAAGAAUGCUAGAAAAAGUGAAGUUGAUAGCAAAGAAUCCACUUGCUGCAGCAGGAGAUGAAGUAGAUAAUGCUGGUGUUAUGACAAUGCUUGAAAAUUAAGAAAAAAAAUCUGAAAAAAAAUAAAAAGAAGAUGCUCAAUAUGAAACCGCUAUCCUUGAAAAAGCAAUCGUCAAAAUUGGUCACUUACUUGCUCUUGGUUUUGGAGAGGCUGGAUCUAAAAUUAUUGCCUCAAAUAUGAGUAUGGGUGGUGAUAUUAAUCCUAUGAUGGCUGGCUAAAGAGUCUUUGCUAUAUUUGGAUUCUGUGAUAUUAGAAACUUUACUGAUUCUACUGAGAUUUUAUAAACAAAAGUUAUGCUUUUUGUUAACUAGAUAGCAGAAAUUACUCACUCUAUGGUUGAUAAAUAUGGAGGAUCAGCAAAUAAAAAUAUUGGUGAUGCCUUUUUGCUUGUAUGGAAAUUCAGAAAUGAGGAAGAGUUCUUUUAAACUCCUCAAGUCAUUACCAGAGAUAAUCAGUAUUGUGCCGACUUGGCUUUAUUCUCUUUCUUAAAGAUCAUUGCUAAAGUCAACAAAUUAGCACAUAUUCUUGAAUAUAGAAAAGAUCCUGAACUAAACAAGAGAAUGCCAGGAUAUUCAGUCAAGAUGGGAUUCGGGCUACAUUAAGGUUGGGCUAUUGAGGGAGCCAUUGGAUCAAUGUUCAAGAUUGAUGCAUCGUAUCUCUCUCCAAAUGUAAAUAUGGCUUCUAGACUAGAGGCUGCUACAAAAUAAUAUGGUGUCCCACUUCUGAUAUCUGGACCCUUGCAUGACAUUUUCACUGACAAAAUUAAAAUGCUUUGUCGUGAAAUCGACACAGUUACAGUCAAGGGUAGUGUAUUACCUGUGAAAUUCCUCACAGUUGAUGUUGAUUUUGACAAUCUUCAUGAGACUAAAGAUAAGUUAAUGGGAUUACCAGUUAAGUAAAAGAAAUAGGCAAGAGACAAGAAAAAGAAAUUACUCCUAAGCAGACUAUUUGAUGCAGGAUCAAAAGUAACCACUUGGGAUAUAUUUUCCAAAGAUAGAGAUUUUAAAGAACUCCGUAGAAACUAUGAUAAAGUUUUCACUAAGAAAUUCAAUGAAGCUUAUAAGAAAUAUAUCUUGGGUGAUUGGGCCACGGCUGAAGAUUUACUUUCACAAUGCCUUAAAAUGAACCCUAAUGAUGGUCCAACUAUUACACUGAAGAGCUAUAUAGAAGAAUUAAAUGGCACUCCACCAACUACAUGGAAAGGUUUCAGAGAACUAACAGAGAAGUGA